CAAGGCUGUAUACAUUUUUUGCGGAGAAGGCGCAGCCUCUCCAACUCUGCAUGUAUCGUUGUUCACUUUUACCCAACGCCUACUUUCCGCCCAUAUCCUUGUUCUUGCAGUUUCUCAUGGCCCAUGAGGCCAGUCAUAUAUGUUCAAACGCUUAUCGAGGUCGGCCUACGUCUGCCUAAGAUGUCAGAAGAAUCUUGCCAGAAACGAUCCGCAGUCUCUACGAACGGCAGACCUUGCCUCCGCCUUCGUACCACGACGAUGGCAAAGCAGUGCGGCCGCAGCCCACGUCGAAGAUGACGAUGAUAAUCACGUCGAUCGUAUCCCUCAACAGCCACCCUCUGGUACAGAAAAUCCUGGCCGUCCCAAGGAUUAUAAGUAUCGAAGAUGGAAACCGAAGCGCACCGCAGAGCUGGGGGUGAACUCGCUGGGAAAACCUGCCGAAGUAUUGAUCCUGCCUUCGAAGGACCGCUUCAUACCACGAGUUCCCGACGACGGUGAUGACAAAGAAGAUGUCCGGGCUAUGGUGCAACAGGCACUCGACUUCGAGAAAGAGCCUCUAAAACUCGAAGACCUGAGGACCAACAUCGAACAAGUCCGGUCUGUGAUCGGCAAGGAACGGGGUCAACUGGAGGUAUCCGAGUGGCAGGCUUUGAAAACACAUCUGAAGAAAGGAUUCAGCUUACAUCAGUUGCGGCGUUACAUUGUUGCUAUGGCAAAAACAUCUGUGACUCCAAACCAGGAUACCCAGUUUCUCAGACUGGGUAAACCCGAUCUGGUUCAACAUAUAAUCCAAGAAGUCUGGGGUUUCACAAAGCCUGCAGCAGCCAACAUGGAUGCUUCCAAAACGCUAGUCUCACUUAGCAUCAAUGUGGGCCAUGAGGCGAAGCUGGGAUGGUUCUUGACAGACAGCCGCCAAAACUUGAAGAAGAUUUCGGAAGAGUGCAAUGUCCAGAUUGAUAUCUUCAAAAAGCGAAAAAGAAUCAUGGUACGUGGCCCUGCUGUGCAGGCUAACGCUGCGUUUCAAAAAGUGAAUCGCCUGGCGAAAGACCUCACGCUGGUUCAAAUCCAUCUUACUGGCACCGUUGGUAACACAUAUCGCGACCCCGCCUUGCAAGAUCGCGUCAAGGCUUUCCUGAAAACGGUGGAACAGAAGUAUCAGGUCUACAUCUCGCUCAAUGACAUUGGCGACCACAUCAAGCUGGUACAUGACAAACGUCCAAACUCAGGAGCGCAUGCUCAUCGCGAGAUUUUGCUUGCUGCUGAAAACUUUGUUGAGUCACAACAGGUCGCCGUCUGGAACACUGAGUCGCGAAGCCAGACGACUAUGAUGCCCUGUCCAACGCCCACUGAAUUCUCCUCGGAUCUGUAUCAACUACCAUGGACCAGGCAGGUUGCUUUGAAGAGCAAUCCGCAGCCUACAGCAACGACAGUCUCUCCACCUUCGUCCGCGACGAAGUCACUGGUGGAUGACAUCGAAAGGCUGUUUCAUCGGACUUUGUCAAUGAAAAAAGUACAUUUUGCUCGCGACGGCAUGCACGGCGACUUCGGUGUCAAGUUUGGGCGGGCACUCUCUCGGGACAACGCUGGUCUUCACAAGGACACCACGGAUGAGGUUGUCGCUCACACAGGCUCGAAAGCAGGAGAACAUCCGAUGACCGUGGCUCCCUCGGAGCAUAGAGCAAUUUCCGCAUCGAAUGAACAGCAGAUGGACGGCAUCGAUCAAGGUGUUGAUGAAAAGGCAACCGUGGUGGGGACAGAAAUAGGCGACUCGUCUGAAGGACUCAAACCUUAUGCCACACCAGGUGUCCAGAGCUCUCAGCUGAAAGGGGCUGAUACUGUUACCAAGUCAAAUGCUGCGGACACUCGGGCCGCCAACAUGAUUCGGAGUGAACCCAGUAGAGCAUCGAUGAAUGAAGGUGCCGAACGCGGACGCCCAAGUUUUGUCGGCGACAUAGCAUACUUGAUGCAGCUACUUGCACCGAUGAAAGCCUGGGCACCAAGACGGCCGGCAAGCAGCCGCGUCGAUUCUGAUGCUCAGGCAAUUCUCCGCCUCGAACUUGCACCUCUUCCCAACAGUUCGAAAGCCAAACGGUAUCCUAGCUUUGAAAUAUUCAUUUCUGUUGGGGACGGAAAGAAACCACAACUCACGCUGACUAGAUUGUCGGCAAUUUACAAAAAUCAGUCUUUCAUCGUUCUUUGUCCCGGUCAGGAGGUUGACGUGGAAUUUCGUGGAAGGCUUCUACGAGAUUUGUGGUACCAGGGUGCUGAGCCAACCAAGGUGGUGGAGCCCAUGCUCAAAGGGAUCAGAGAUUACAUUGGCAAGGCUCAAGCCCAGGGAGUUACCCAGUGGCUAUUCUCGCCAUUCGUAAUGUUGAGCAUGCACCAGUCGCUUGUACGUGAGGCGCAAGCCGCUCAAUUCAAAGUCGGAGAUGCCAUCGCCGAGAGAAAGGAGUCGCUUCUGAGGCACCACAAGCCCCUCGACAAAACGGAGUAUGUGCUACAAUCUGUCGACGUGAUGGAUGUCGAUUCACGGGUAGUCACAGUCCUCACACACGAGCACGAUGACAAAAACAUUCCUUUGGGGGUGCAUCAGCUGUGUUUGGAACACAUUACGCUUACUGGCGCCAACUCGACGAGGCAAGAGCUUCGCCUUGCAGAAGGAUCUGUUCUGUACACGCCUAAACUUGCAUCUCCAGAGAUUCGGCUUCUGGCACGCACCGCCUUGGAAAUGUCACAAUGUCUUGGUCACGACCAUACAAAGGGUUUCGGGAUAACGCCCCUCCACCAGGGAUUUCAACUUCCACGGGAAUUCCAGCCUGAUGUGAAGACACCGAUAGGUUCCAGGGUCCUACCGGGUAAGAAGCCCCAUCGUGAACCCCGGGCGGCAAAGAGGUCGAAAGGUGAAGACUUAAAGGUGCGUGAAGCGCCUGUCAACAACACAGGUCAACAGCUGUCGCCACAACCAGUCGAAAAGACGGCCGAAGAAGCAGACCAACAAACCUUAAAGCAGCCCAUUGCGGCGCAACAGGGAGACGUCAAGGCUGUCAAAGAGCCAGGUAAGACCAUAACUCCCAAGAAGUCAGCCAAAUCUCGUGCUUGGAAGAAGAAGAACUGAGUUGGCGAGAAAGUCACCGCAAUACAAUCUCGCAGCUUGUCCGGCUGUGAUGCUGUUGGUGGAUACCGGUCAUUUAUGUACCACCAUCGAAACGAGAUAUAAUAUGUAUUUAUAAUCUACUAGAACCGUCCUCGUAAUU